AUGGCUACGGUCUUGUCGAUUUCUGCUGCCGAUAUUCCUUUCGGAAAUCGAAACCAAGACCUUGUUGCUGCCAUUUCCGAAAUGCAAAGAGCCAAUUACUUCACCUUCAUCACGCUCCUCAACAUGGCCUCACUAGAUCAUAGGCUUCAGGGAAAUCUCACUUUCUUGAUGCCCAACGACCGCAUGCUGUCAAUAAUUACUCUGCAACAGGACGCUGUUUCCGAGUUCUUGCUCCGCCAUUCGAUUCCUUCAACCAUGCUUUUCGACUAUUUGCAGCAUAUCCCAACAGGCUCCAUAAUUCCAAGUUCAAAGCCAGAGUACAUGCUCAAGAUUUCCAACAAGGGUAGGAGGAGUUUCUUUCUCAACAAUGCAAGACUCAUCAGCCCAAACAUAUGCACUGCAAGCUCCUCAAUUAGAUGCCAUGGAAUAGAUGGGGUUCUGUCUGAAGCAAGUCCAAAGAUAACUGUGAAUAAUAACUAUACUAUUACUAAUCCCUCAGUUUCUUGCUCUUGUAGUAGUAAUAGUACCUCAAAUCCUGCCUCUCGGGCGAUACCCCCAUCACCAUUUCCUCCGCUUAACGGCUUUAAUCUGACUCCAGCAAGUGCCCUGCCGCCAACCGGCGCAAAUGUUCCUCCACCAAAAUCAGGCUCUUCUCUAUCCGUUUCUGGUGGGCUUUCGACAUUCUCAGUGACCAGCAGCGUGAUAGUGGCAACAUGGGUUUUGUCUCUAUCUUUUGUACCAUAA